AUGGCCGAAGACCCACCUCCUGUGGAAAGGCUUUUAGGUGAUUAUGGAAGAGCAAAUGCACCUCUUGGCCGGAUGACAAUUGUUAACCAACCAGUCAAUGUUGCCCAUUUUCAGCUACACCCGGCAACAAUAAGACAACUUGAAAAGAAACCAUUCUCUGGAAGGAUCAAUGAAGAUAAUUUUGUGAAUGGUCUUAAGCUUAAGACUAAACAACUAAUAGACACAGCUGCUGGUGGGUCAACGAACUUUAAAACAGUCACUGAGAUAAAGAAGAUCAUUGAUGCUAUUGCAGUAAACGAACACUUAGAGCUGUAUGACCGCAGUGUAAAUCAACCAGAAGUGUUAGUUGAUUUGAAGUUGACAAAUCAAGCUGUUAAGAUGGAAGAGCAGAUCGCAGCUGAAGUUGAGCGUAGAAUGAAACAAAUGGCUCUUGAAAAACAAACGGUGGCUCAAGUUCAGCCGGUUCAACCGAUUCAAGCAGUGAGUUGUGAAAUAUGUGGAGGACCUCACUUUGCCGUGCAUUGUGUGGUAACAGCCCAGCAGGUGGAAGAAAUCAACUUUUUGAAACAGAACAACCCUUACUCUAAUACUUACAAUCCAGGAUGGAAGAAUCAUCCGAAUUUCUCCUGGAAAGAUCAACAAGGGAACGUUCCAAAACAAGGGGCUGCUCCGUAUCAAAGUCUUCCACAACAACAACAGCAAUAUCGGCCACCACAACAACAACCAUAUCAACAACCGUAUCAGCAACCUCAACAACAAUUCCAGCAACAAGGGCCAAGAAAAGCAGAUUGGGAGAUCGCCAUUGAAAAAAUGGCUGCUCAAAGCUCCCAAUUUCAAGAAGAAACAAGAAGUAAUUUUCGGAAUACAGGAGCAUCAAUUAAAAAUCUUGAAAUUCAGAUGAGUCAAAUAGCACAACAAUUGGCAAGCCCUCAGCAACCUGGUGCUCUGCCUAGUGCCACAGUUACGAAUCCCAAAGACCAUAAUAAUGUGAGCGCUAUAGUAACUAGAAGUGGUAAAGCGAAAGAAGUUGUUGAGGAGAUUGCUAAAGAAGGAGAGCCAUUGCUUGAAGUAGAUGUAGAAAUAAAAGAGAAUGAAGCACAAGUGGAAGACUUAGGUGUGUUGGAACCAACAACUAAAGGGAAGACUAGUGAACAAAAACCGGAAAUCAAAUUACCCUUUCCAACAAGAAAUAAGAAGAAAGGGCAGCACGAGAAAAACUUUCAAAAAUUCUUGGAAAUGUUUAAGAAACUUGAGUUGAACAUACCAUUCCUGGAGGGUAUGAAGAUUCCGGUGAAGAAGAAAGACCGAGGCUCUGUAACUAUUCCUUGUACGAUUGGGGAUAGAUCAUUUAAAAAGGCUCUUAUUGACUUAGGAGCAAGUGUUAGCCUUAUGCCGCUGUCCAUCUACAAGAGAUUGGGCAUUGGUAAAGUUCAAGAUAGAAGAAUGACACUCCAAUUUGCCGAUCAUUCCGUAAAAAGACCGUACGGGGUAGUAGAAGAUGUGCUUGUAAAAAUAGACAAGUUUGUGUUUCCAGUGGAUUUUGUAAUUUUAGAGAUGCCAGAGGAUGAAGAAAUUCCGAUCAUUUUGGGGAGACCAUUCUUAGAGACCGGGAGAUGUUUGAUAGACAUAGAAGAGGGCACGAUGACCUUGAAGGUGUAA